AGGGAGUUCUCUUGCCUUUGCUCAAUCCAGUCCCCUCUCAGCCUCCAGCCUCGGAAGAAGCAAGGACAAAUCUCUCCCUUACUCUGCAUUACUCUGAAAGUUUUUAUUUUUGUACCCUUCUGUGUUUUCCCAUAAUACAGUGAACACUUGUUUUGUUUUUGUUUAUACUCCCUGUUUUUGUAUAUAGAUACAUAUAUAUAUAUUCUUUUUUCCUGAAGCAUCGUCCACCUGCUCUUGUGGGAUAUUCCCUUUUCCCCCUCGGACGCACCAGCGCUGUGUGUGUAUCCAUAGUAAGGGAGGCUGGCUCUGUAUGCGCCACAAACUUUUUUACUUUUUGCCAAAGCUCUGAAUAUCUGUAUGGAUCCCAGCAGUGGCAAAUCAAGCACCGACAGAAACUUGGGACAUAUCUAAAGGUGAUUAAAACAAGACAUGAUGGUGGAAUCGGCAUCAGAGUCAAUACGAUCCACACCAACGAGCCAGAAUGGUGUUGGCAGUCUUCCAAACCAAUCAGAUGGAGGUAGUGUUAGGGAAGGAGGAGCCAGUGGAGAGACCAACGGAGAACUGAGUUCAGCAGAACUCUUGCACUUCCAGCAGCAGCAGGCCCUGCAAGUGGCUCGGCAGUUGUUGCUUCAUCAGGCGACAGGGCUGAGCUCUUCCGGCAAUGCAGAGAGCAAGCAGCCUUCAGUUCAGGUUCCGGUGUCUGUGGCAAUGAUGUCUCCGCAAAUGAUCACACAGCAGCAGAUGCAGCAGAUACUGUCCCCGGCACAACUCCAAGCCGUCCUGCACCAGCAACAAGCACUCAUGUUACAGCAGCUACAAGAAUAUUACAAAAAGCAACAGGAGCAGCUGCAUCUCCAACUCCUCUCCCAGCAACAGGCUGGAAAACAGCAGCAGCAUCAGCAGCAACAGCAGCAACAGCAACCUCCCAAAGAGCAAGGGUUGGGAAGCAAGCAGUUGGCAUUCCAUCAGCAGCUGUUACAGAUGCAACAGUUGCAGCAGCAGCACUUACUAAACCUACAGAGGCAGAGCCUGGUGGGACUGCAGCCGGGGCAGGGACCAGUACCAAUGCAGAGCUUAUCACAAGCAGUAUCUCCGUCAGACCUUCAGCAACUUUUGAAGGAGAUGAGUCAUUCUCAGGAGGACUCUGGUAAACAGGAAAGUGUGGACCUGAGCAACUCAAUCACUACCUCAUACUCGCACAACAAAGUGUCACCUCCUAACCUUCACCCCUCUUUGCCCAAUGGCCAAAGUGCACUGCAGAACAUUCGAAGAGACAGCUCAUCACAUUAUGAGGCAUCGCCCAGUUCACACCCUCUUUAUGGACAUGGUGAAUGCAGGUGGCCCGGCUGUGAAGCUCUCUGUGAUGACAUGGGACAGUUUAUAAAGCACCUAAAUACAGAGCAUGCGCUGGAUGAUCGUAGUACAGCACAGUGCCGAGUACAGAUGCAAGUGGUCCAACAGCUGGAGAUUCAGCUUUCAAAGGAGAGUGAGCGUUUACAGGCCAUGAUGACCCAUCUUCAUAUGAGACCAUCAGAACCAAAGCCCUUCAGCCAACCACUUAACUUGGUCUCCAGCGCCUCCAUGAACAAAAUGUCCCCUGACACCUACCCAGAUGGCUUACCUCAACCCCCCACAUCAGCAACAGCCCCCAUUACUCCCUUGCGGCAAGGCGUAUCUGUCAUUAGUUCCUCCAGUGUUCCCUCUUUAGGGCCAGUGCGCAGGAGGAUUGUAGACAAGUUCUGCACACCAAUUUCCUCAGAGCUGGCUCAGAAUCAUGAGUUUUAUAAAAACGCUGAAGUCCGUCCUCCCUUCACGUACGCCUCCCUAAUCCGACAGGCUAUCUUAGAUACACCAGACAGACAAUUGACUCUGAAUGAGAUCUAUAACUGGUUCACACGCAUGUUUGCAUAUUUCCGAAGAAAUACAGCCACGUGGAAGAACGCAGUGCGUCACAACCUCAGUCUACACAAGUGCUUUGUGCGUGUGGAGAAUGUGAAAGGGGCCGUUUGGACAGUGGACGAGCUGGAAUAUCAAAAGAGAAGGCCACCUAAGAUGACAGGGAGCCCAACCCUUGUCAAGAAUAUGAUUUCUGGUCUGGGCUAUGGAGCAUUAAAUGCCAGUUACCAGGCAGCUCUAGCGGAGAGCAGUUUUCCAUUGCUAAAUAGCCCCCCUUUGCUUAAUAGCUCGGGCAGUGGCAUCCAUGGGGGACACGAUGAUGUCACAAGCACUGGGGAACCCGGAAAUAGUAAUGGGAGCAGCCCCCGGCUUUCUCCUCAUUACAGUCAACCCAUCCAUGUUAAAGAAGAGCCAACUGAAGAGGAUGUCAGAUCGGCCUCUCUCUCAGCACCAACCAAUCAAAACACAACUUUGCCCGAGGACCGUGACUUGGAACCAGAGACGCCCAUGGAAGACUUGUCCUAAUGGCUUUUGUGUCCCUUGAGUUACCUCCCUUGCCCCAAAGUCCAGCACUUCCACCAGAGACCAACAAUACCCUCUCCCCAAUCCUCCUCCAUUCCAAACUGAGAGACUUGAACCUUAACCUUCCCCUGUCCACUUUGGGGCUUCCUCUGUCACAAUCUGGCAGCACUUCAGUGACUUAUGGACAAGAUGGGCACUCCCAUAAUCCUUUUCUCUUGUGGACAGAGAAAGGAUGGGCACUGAUGCUACUCAUGACCUCUGACCUUGACAAGGAGGGCACUCCAGUCCUGCAUUUUUAUCCACACUUUUUUGGAACUGUUUUUGGGGCAACUUCGGACUCCUUCACCUUCAUGCCCCUACAAUGCAUGCAGGAAUGGGGGUCUCCCCUUUGCUAGCUCUUCUCCUGCCUGGUCACUUCCGAAGGUACCAAAAAGAGAACCAGACUUUAUUUAUUUUGCUCUGCGUGUUCUGGAUCAAUGUUACUGCUGGCAUUCCUCACACAAUUACAUGUGAGCACAUGGUAGACACACACACAUACUUAUAUAUGCACACUUGUUUGAAUACAUCCACGUGAACAUAUACAAAUGCACAAAACUCUGACCAUUAUCACAUGUGCAUUAUUCAUGUUCCCCUAACACGCACAUCUUCAUCACUUAUACGUUCAUCGUCACAUAAAAUGCUUGAAAACUUUAUUACAGUCUGUGAGGAGUUUAAAAUAUUUUACACUUUUUUGGACCAAUACCGUUAAUUAAAUAGUCUAAAAAUACUGUUAACAUGCAAAAACAAAAAAAACAGUAUGUCUAAAUUUACAUCAAUGGAUUUAGCUUAUUUUACAUACAAAAAUACAUACACAUCAUUCACCACCCUGUUCCUUCCUAUAUGUAGUGCUCAGAAAUGGAUUCACACCGCUAAAAUCACUGUAUCUUAAGGUACAGGUUAUAUUUUAGCUAGCUCCAUAGUCAUUACAAAGAAUUAAUGGUGUGGUCAUGGCUAUGUACGUACAUAUAAAUAUAUAUACAUUUCAUACAUAUACAUGCACAAAGUAUUAGCAUACCAAUUGCAAACACACAAACUUGCCAAUUAACAUAAAAAUACAGUUUUACUUCCAUGGUUUUCACUUCUACUAGUCACUGCCUUUUCACUUAAACACUACCCUGUGUCUCGCGUACAUACUGCCCUGUCACACAUGGGCUCUGUAAGACCCACUUGUGUGCUGCACCCUCGUACCCUUCCCUGACCAAAGAUACCUCUCAUGCCAAAUAAACCAAAACCUCCUCUUACCUUGGCUUUGUGUUCCAGGGGCAUAGUAUAAGACUAUUGAGGAGACCAAGCCAAAGGUACCGGUGUAUCUGUCACAGUCACAAACACUAUGUUUGCUCCUCUCCAGCGGGGCAUGUUUGCAUUUCACGCAGCGUCUCCUCAGCCUGCCUAUCUACUGUGGGGUUUGGUGACCUUUUUCAUUAGUUAGCAACACACACUUUUGUGUAUAUGUCUACUGGAUAUGAGUAGUUUGUGUGUAUGUGUGUGAAUGGUUAAAUGAGACGAAUGCUUCUGAACACUGAGGACAUCAUUUAUAAGUUGGGAUUUGAUUGUCAAGCGCACUUUCAUGUGUGCAAUAAGUCGGACUGGAAGGCAAAGAUACAAUGAUGUUCUCAAUGAUUGAGUGGAUGACCAAUGCUUAUGUAUGUUCACAAAUAGGUGACGUGUUGUUACCCCACAGACACUCUGUGUUCCUCCCUUUGGAUCAGGCCUUCUGUCACCAAGCUGCUGGUAGGAGGAGGGGAGAGGCAGGAGAUGUUACCUCAUGCCCUGGGUCAGCCGGUCAGUGCUGCGGCCACUGUAUAAAGAAUCAAGACGCUGUGCCAGCAUCACUUGUGUGCCUGGUACAGAUUCCUCGUGUACAAUAGAUUCUAGGUGCAUGAAACAAACAUGUAUGGACAUCUGCAUAUAAUAUGCAAUAAAUAUAAUUGUGUCACAAGACAUGCUAAAUCUAAA